AUGGAUAACGUCUUGUUCCCUCUCUGGGGUGAAUUUCCCACUUCCAACUUCCUUUAUCCUAGUCCUGCUGUUUAUCUUGCUUCUUCCAUUGCUGUUCAUGGAAUAAUGGUAGGAUUGGCUAUGGCAGCUACAUUCUGUUACCCGAACGGUGCUUUUGGCCUUAACAAACUCAACGAUCACUUUCUUUACAGAGACAACAGUACAAGAUUCUGUCCAGUGCCUUCCUUGUCUGGAAACAUAAGAAGGCCCUGGUUCUGCAAGUGUCCUAAAACAUGUCACCAGCCCAGCAUAAUGCAACUUGCAGUAAAGCAGCAAAGGCAACAAUGGAAAACCUUUUUCCAGAGUACUUCUGAUACUAUCAUUGAAGAGGAAAAAGAUGACACUCCUAGAGCAACCAUAAUAUGGAGGGCGAUCAAGUUACCAAUUUAUUCUGUUGCCUUGAUUCCACUAGCUGUAGCAAGUGCAGCUGCGUAUUUGCAGACAGGCCUGUUUUCUUCUGGGCGUUUUGUUGUUCUCUUGGCCUCGUCAGCUCUUAUCAUCACUUGGCUCAACUUAAGCAACGACGUUUAUGACUUUGAUACAGGGGCAGAUAAGAACAAGAAAGAGUCAGUUGUCAAUAUACUGGGCAGCCGUACAGGGACCCUUGUUGCUGCAGUUUUAUCACUCAUUCUGGGUUUUAUGGGGCUUAGUUGGGCAUCCUUGGAGGCAGGAAAUGUGCGCUCAAUAUUAUUACUGGCAUCUGCAAUCACUUGUGGGUACAUAUACCAGUGCCCUCCAUUUCGGCUAAGCUACCAGGGACUUGGAGAACCCUUAUGCUUUGCAGCAUUUGGCCCAUUUGCUACAACUGCCUUUUAUUUGCUUCAGAGCAGGACAUGUGAGCUACCAAUUACCGGCACUGUCCUUUCUGCAUCAAUUCUUGUUGGUUUAACAACAAGUCUGAUCCUCUUCUGUAGCCACUUUCAUCAGGUAAAGGAUGAUAUGGCAGUUGGAAAAAUGUCCCCCUUGGUUAGACUGGGUACCAGAGCAGGCUCUGAUGUGGUGAAAAUUGCUGUGGUGGUUCUCUAUUCAUCUUUGCUUGUUCUUGGUCUUUUUGGCGGACUUCCAAUCACAUGCAUUAUUCUUUGUGGACUAACAGUCCCAAUUGGGAGAUUGGUAAUUAGAUAUGUGGCAGAAAAUCACCAGGACAACACAAAAAUUUUUAUGGCAAAAUAUUACUGUGUGAGGUUGCAUACUGUAUUUGGCGCUGCUUUCGCCGCUGGACUUGUGGCAGCUAGAAUGGUUGCUGGGAGUGGUAUCUUAAAGCGCAUUCUGCCUUAGUGUUUUUCACUAUUUAUCAGAGGGAGAGUCUCGAACAAUUUAAAGUCGUCUUUCAGGAUGGCUUUUUCCCAUAAUGGCAGCCCCAAGAACGUACUUCUGCUUUACAUUUAUGGGAGUUGAAGGCAAAAGAUUACACUUCCCAUCAAUGUGGCCGUCACACUUCUAUUUCAUUAAUCUCCUCUGGCCUUACCAGCUGCACCAAACAGGAGAUUAAGUUGAAGACUUCCCUGUGAAAUCAACCAUGAUAAUGGUACUGUAGUGGAAAGCUUUUUGUCUCAUGGCAAAGAGCUGAAAUGGUGGAUCAAAGAUCAAGAGUUCAGCUGUUGCAGCUUUUUUGCUUGAUUAGAGAUCUAGCUCUCUGCCAUUGGCACAAGAAUGGCAACUUAAAGGCGUAUCAUCGGAGAAAACGCUAAUUACGUAAUAUGUUGUCCUGAAAGAAACUUGUUUUCAGGUGGACUUGUUCCCACCUUCCGGGAUCCCAAAUGCUAGUACCACGUAUCAUCAGCUUAAUAUUUGCAGCUGCGAAGCUUUUUAAUGCUUCAUUUUGAAUUAAUUGAGCAGUUCUUUGACUUGAA